AUGCGUUUAUACUCUAUAGCCAUUAUCCUAACAUUACUUGGAUCAUGGAUGACCACUAGUUUUGCGCAGGACAUUGCUUCAUCAUUGUAUCCUUACAUAUACACCGAUGUAAGCACCUGGCCAUGUGUUAGACUAUUGAAUGCAACUGGACAAAUAGGAUGCCAUGUCCCUAAUGGUGCUGGUGGGAUUUUGUAUCAAAUAGAAUCUCAAGAUGAAAUUAAUAAUUUCGUAUCAAAACAUGGUGGCUCUAAGCAAAACUAUGCUGCUGUAAUUCCUUACAAUCUGUUAACAAAGUUAGUAGUGGCAAACAUCGCUGCUCUGGAUAGUACAAAGUGUAUCAGUGGAUUAAUUGUGCUUUUGCGCGCAUCAUCAAUGGUCCCAGAAGCAUCUUUGAGUUCACCUGACACAAGCUGUCCAAAUUGCCGAUUUGGAUUAUACGCAAAUGAUCCCGAUCAAUAUGUUUGGAAUCCUCAAGGACAAGGGCUUAUAGAAGAAAAUCUACCGUUCCCUGUAUUUGGAUUGAACCCUGUAGACACGGUCUCAAAACAAGUAUUCAAUAUUGUUAUGCGAGGAGUUGCAUUCAAUCUUAAAAAGCAAUACACAGACUACCCUUUGCAAGCCAUCGAUUUUAAACUUUUCAUGUGGGCAGCUAUAGAUUCUGAGACUUGUUUAAGACGAGGAUGGUGCCAAGUAGUCGGCGGAACUUCUGUAUUUUCUUCACCAUCCCGCCAGAUAGCUGCUGAUGAUGGAAAGAAGAGUAUUGUCUUGACUGCCAGUUUGGAUAGCCGAUCUCUUUUUCACGACCUUACAAAUGGAGUAGCGACUUCUUUAUCAGGAUUGGUUGCACUCUUGACAGUAGCAGAAUCACUCAGUAGGGCACCCGUUUCUCUAGAAUUGCUUCCUAAGCACAUCGUGUAUACAGGGUUUACAGCAGAGGCAUGGGGGUUCGCAGGAUCUCAGCGAUUUGUACAGGAUAUAUCAGCUCAAUUUCAAUGUACAAAUGCAACAAGAGCAUCUGUAUGCCCUUUUUUAAAUGCGCCAUGUACAUUUCCAUGUGUUCGGUCCAUGGAUUUUAAGAGAAUUAAUAUCGACAAUAUCGAUUCUUUAAUCGAAUUUAACUCUGUAUCCGGACUUAAUUCAAAUUAUAGCAGCUAUUGGGCUCAUGUAGAUGAUGUUGACCUGACACAAUCGUUUGUUGCUGAUCUUCAAAAGAAUAAUUUAACAUUACCUGGACAAAAUUCCCAAAAUACUAUCCAGGCUGCAAACCAAGAUGGAAACCAACGUAAAUUGCCACCAAGCAGUGCAAUGAGCUUCCUCCAAAAAAAUAGAAACAUUAAAACAGUUGUUCUAACUGAUUUUCAAAAAGAACUCGGAAGCUAUUACAAUAGUGAUAUGGAUGACAAGGUUGAUCUGGAUCUAAUGUCACAAUCUAUAUGUGGGCUUGCAGAUGCUACAGCAAAGACUGUAUUCUUAAAAGCCCAGGAGGGUGCUUCUACAAUUAUUCCCGCAGAAACAAUUACUGCAAAUUGCACACUAGUGUCUUCUUUACUUGACUGCCUUGCAUCGAAUUUUUCGUGCCCAAUGAUGAAAAACUACUUUAAUGUCUCAAGCGUAGGACGCCUGAGCCACUAUACCUCUGUGUUCUCAUUUGUGAAUCCACAACCUCAACUCUUGUCUCGUUUUGUAUUCACCUUUCUUGGAGACGUGACAGGAACAAGGCGAAAUAAUAGCGACCUGGGGCCAUCUGGCUGCUCUACCAUGCAAGACUGUAUUUCCGGCGAGUACUGUAUUCGGAAGCAAUGUGUGUCCACCAUGACAGCAUAUCAUGAUGCAUACGGAACUGGGCUUACGUAUAAUGAGUCGACAGGAAAAGUGAGCGUUACAGACCCAACAAAGGGUACAUGGACAGAAAGCACAUGGGACACACCUACAAUGCGCGUGUUCUUGGUAACUUCUACGAAACAUCAGGUUAUAGAAUUGGUUGUAGGCGUACUAUGGACUUUGAUCAGUAUAGCAGUUGUGAUAUUUGGUCGAAGUUUCUUGAAGAAGACCUUCAAAACUGAUUAG